CCGGCCCCGGGUUUGUUGUGGGACCAUCACUGCGGCCAUGUUGCUGCUUAUGACGCCACACGUGUGAACUGGACGCGUUUGGCUGAAGCGGGCUUCCGUAGCGGUGUUUUGGCGCACUGAGGAACGUGGCUGUGAGCCUGAGAGGAGCACACAUGUAUAAAUAGCUCGAAAUGGAAAAACGGUUAGAAGAGAAGCAAAGGAUCAGCCAAAAAGAACAGGAGUCCAGUAAUAAUUCUCCACGAUCUCCAUUGAACACAACCAUGGUGAUACAGGACGACUCUCUACCAGCAGCACCCCCACCUCAGAUACGCAUUUUGAAGCGGCCUACAAGUAAUGGGUCAUUGGGAUCCCCCUUGAAUCAGAACAGGCCCACACCACAGGUCAAGUCUUUGGCUCAGCGCGAGGCAGAGUACGCCGAGGCCAGGAAGAGAAUACUAGGCAGUGCCUGCCCGGAUGAGACGCCUCAGGAAAAACCCAACACUGAUAGGGCAGGGCGCAAUAACUCUACAUUGCCUUCAGAGGACACCCGAUCAAACAAUCACACUGUCCGGCAGCCAGCCGGCCCAGACGGCACCCAAGGGUUCCGACAGCACAGAUAAGUGGGCCCUGGGGCCGCCCAGCCAUGGAGUGGGGAGAGAUCGAGGGCCACCAGAGAGCAAAGACAGCACUGUAUUCUUAAAAACGUCCUUCCUUCAGUUCCACUAUAUGGAAUGGGCUGUGAGUGCAGCCGCACUGCUGCCCAACUCUUCCACUAGCAGUCGAGUGGAACUGAUGGGCAUCGAGUAACUCGAGGAGGAAGUUAAAUGGAAAUGUGCUCUCAUCUCUCCUCACUCCAGGUUGUUUGACACUGUGAUAAUGGACAUCUUCUGGAAUCACUGUGAUGAUCCCUUUAAGAAACCCCCCUCACCUCCAUCGCUCUCCUGCCUCAGUGCCCAGCGGCUCCGUCUCAGGACGGCCUCAAGGCAGAAGCAAAGACUCAAAGGAUGGCAGAGAGAAGUGACGGUUCAUAGCAAAAUGAGAUGAGCUGGUACUCGGGCAGCAGCCUCUCCCCAGUAAUAAUACCAGACAUCACCUGUCACAGCUUUUACAUACAUGUUUUUAAUUUUCAGAUGUUGGCUCACAAAAUUUUUAUCUUUUGUUUUUCUUGCUUGUCUUUAAUUAUCUAUAUUAGGGAUGCUCUGAUAUCUACAGAGUACAGAGAUGUACAUACACCACCAAGUACCUGUUUCUUUAAACAGUAUUCAUUUUGCAGUGUAAUUGAAAUGGGAAUUAUUUACUUUUUCAUCUGUGUCUGGUGGUAAAAUAUUCAAAAAAUACUAUGUUUUGGUUUGACGUCCUGGGCUGCAGCUUAUGGCGUCAAAGAUCUCCCUCAUUAAACUCACCACCAAAGCUGAGUACUUAACUUGUACCUGCUCUGUAACUGAGCUGUUAGCAUUAUCAGUGCACCCCUAAUAUGUAGGUUGCUAUUUGUUUUUAAACACUGAGGUUAAGGGUCAUGUGUGUCAAGUUGUAUAUCUGACAAGUUCUGUUUACGGUUCGUUGUUUUUUUUUUUAUAUGAAGCUUUUCAGCUGUCUUCCUUGGACUGUCACAUCCUUAUUUCUAUUUAAAAGUAAAAGCAAAAAAAAACAAACAAAUGAAAAGGAAUUUGUGGAUUUAAGUCUGUUUUCAAGCUUUUCUGCCUUUUUGUAUGAGAUAGUAGCAAUGUCAGAGCAGUAUUUUAAUCGAAAAUGAACCAAAAUCCCAUUUUAAAACCCACCUAUGUAUAUAUUAGUUCAUCCAGAUGUCAUUAUUUGAAGGUGGCGUCGGCAGGAACUAGAAUGGAGGGUCAGUUUGGUAAGUGACUUUGCUGCUGUACUUCACAAGCAUCAGCGUCAUAUCUCCACCAAGACAGCGGCGCUCAUUACUUCAUGUCCCUCACUGACGUACAGUACGUAGGAACUCAGGUGAAAGUGAACGAGAUUGACUGUAUGAAAUUAACUAAGAUUGUAUUUUUCCAGCGGGUUCGUUUGCCCAAACAGAAAAUGUCCGUAUUUUGGCACUUUGUUAUAAAAUAGUGCUAUACAGUGAGAUGUACCGGAAACUAUGUCCACGUCCUAAGAUGAAUGAAUGCCAGUUGGUUUUUUUUUUGUCUUACUGUUGGUCACUCGGUCGUCAAACGGUAACAUCACCCCGGUGUGAUUGUUGUGUAACUGAUGGUCCUCUGCUGAAACUGAACAUGGAGACACAGCUGUAUGUGAACCAGAGUAUGACCAGGACCAUCGUGCCCAAUAGAUAUUCUUUAUUUGUUCAAACAGAGAAGAGAUCUCAAAAAAAGCCAUAUUCAGAUAUUCAUCAAUAAAAAGUUAUUUUAAAUGGUUGAAUUCAGCUCGUGCCUCCUGUAUUACUUUACUUCCUGGUAGUAGAUUUUGUUACUGUAUAAAGAACUGAAUAUAUCCAAGGGAGAAUUCACAAUACUGAUGAGAUUUCAUUUCAGGAAAUGAGGCAGCAGAGCAGGAGAAAGAUGGAUUUAACUGAACUCUGAGUGAGAACACAAACUGCCUGUAAAUACUGAUUUAAUAAAAUGA